AUGUCGCAGAAGACGCUCUUCCAGUCUGUCAAGGAGGAUCAUGAAGAGAUGUAUCUCUACCAUGACGAAUUCAAGCGAGCUCGGGAGUCCGGCGAUGUCGACGCACAGGCACGUUGGGCCCAUCAGCUUACUUGGGAGGUUGCCCGACACGCCGUCGGCGAGGAGAUUGUCGUGUACCCGCUCAUGGAGAAGCACCUCGGCGACACUGGACGCAAGCUUGCAGACCACGAUCGUGCAGAACACCAGCACGUCAAGGAGUCGCUAUACCGCCUGGAAUCCAUGUCGCCGGGCUCAUCCGAGUAUGCGGAGACGAUCGAGCUGAUUAUGGCGUUGCUGCACCCCCAUAACGAUGACGAAGAGAUCAAGGACCUGCCCCUCCUUGAGCGCGCAAUCGGUUCAGAUGCCAGCGCAGAAGCUGCAGUCUCCUUCAAGCGCACGAAAAAGCUCGUGCCCACCAGAGCACACCCGUCCGCACCGAACCAGCCACCGUAUGAGACGUUCGCCGGCUUCCUCGCUGCGCCGAUUGACAAGAUCAAGGAUUGGUUCGCCACGUGGCCGACUGAGGAUGAGAUGAAGGAGGCGAAGGAGGAGCUGAAGGGAUGUGAUCAUGAUGCGGCUGCUGGACGCCGGGCAGUCGCGGCGGGCACAGUGCCAUAA